GAGAUAUAAUUGUAACUCUAGGAUAUAAAGACCAUGUUAUACGAGUUCCAGAAGGACACUGUUGGAUAGAAGGUGAUCACACAGGACAUUCUAUGGACUCUAAUAAUUUUGGGCCUGUAUCAUUAGGACUUGUUACUGCCAAAGCCUCUUGUAUAGUGUGGCCUCCAUCUAGGUGGCAAAUUAUACCCACCUUUUUACCUGACUCAAGAAAACCUUUAAAUUUAAGAUCUAUAGUGAGUAAUUGGUAGCACAUAUUGUUUUUGAAUUAAAUUCAUACCAUAGUCAAACCAGAGGAUAUACUUGAAGAUGAGGGCCAUAUCGUUAGUUAAAAGGAUAGAAUUUGAAUUUACAGGUAAUGUUGCUCGUAACGCUUUAACUUUAGGUGAUGUGGAUAAUGAUGGCGCUUCCGAACUUAUAAUUGGGAAUGAUCUGGGAGAAGUGGCUAUAUUUAAGUCAAGAGAGAAAAUACAAACUAUUACAAAUUUAAGUUUUAUAACCUGCAUUGCUGUAGGAGAUGUAAGAAAUGAAAAUAAAAAUAGUUUGGUAAUUGUGACAGCAGAUGGUUGGUGUUACAUUUACGAGACUCCUAUACAGAAAAAAGAUAAUAGUUUUAACAGUGACAAUGUCGAUGAUGAGUUGAAAAUAGAUUUAGAUGAGUUAGAUGGUCAAAUUCAGUCUUCAUCUAAUGCAGCAACUAGUACAAGUAACACUGAGACUCAUAGUAGUAGUGAGUCAACAGGGACUGAGAAACUAAAAAGUACUAUUAGCAAAGACUCUAAACUUUUAUUAACAUGUGUUCAUACCCAAAGAAUUCCUGCAAAUGUAAAAAAUAUAAUACUUGGUGAUGUAGAUGGAGAUGGCCUUAUUGAAAUGGUAUUAGGAUUGACAGAUCGAGUUGUCAGAUCCUAUAGAUGGUGUAGUGAACCUGAUAAGUCUGUUAGCUUUUUGGAGGAGACCACACUGACUGAAGAUAAAUUAUUAGGAAAAUUUAUAGCUUUAAAUAAGUGGGAAUGUGCCAAUCAAAUAGGAUCAAUAACUUUGCAUCACACGUGGUGUGGAACCCCUUCAAUCUUAGUUGCUCAACCCGGAGGUACCUUUAUGAGGAUUAAAUGUUUUGCCACGGAAGAGCAAGACUCCGACAACAAACUUAGCAAAAGUGAUAGUUCCAUUGGUGAAUCAUUUCCAGGAUCAAUAGAUUAUCAAUCGCUAGGUAUUUCAAGAAUGAGAAAUCAGAAUAUUUCAACUGAAAUUCUUGGCGAUCUCAGGUGUUCAAAUGUAGCCGCUGAUAAUUUGAAUAUAGAAAAUUCAGGCGAUUCUGGUAAAAUUAUAACUAAAGGUAGGCCGUAUGCUGUGGCUACUUUAGAUGGAACCAUUAUGUUAGUACAGGAUGAAAUAAUUUUAUGGGCUAUUGCAGUAGAUCAUCAAGUUUUCGCUCUGACUAAACUAGAUAUAACAGGAAAUGGUUCUGACGAUAUAAUCGUAUGCUCAUGGGAUGGACAGACUUAUAUUUUAGACCAAAAUAAGAACUCUGUUCGUUUUCACUUAGAGGAACCAGUCAGAGCAUUUCACAGUGGUUGGUACAACUUAAACGAAAACGAACCACCUGUUACAGCCUUAGUUUAUGUUACUUUUAAAAACACUGUUAUUAUUUACUAUGAUAUACCGCUCAGAGAUUUAAUAUGUACAAAAUUUGAACCCGACCUUGAAAAACUAAGUGAGUUGUUCAUUAGCAAAGAUAGAAAUCAGGAAGAAGCAUUAGAAUAUGUUAAAAAUAUGGACAAGAAAACUAGAAGAGACCUCAUUGAAUACUUGCUUUAUAAUGUUAGAUGCUAAGUCAAUAAAACUGUAUAUUUUUUUUAUGAUUUUAUAUGGAGUUUUGAAGUAUACAGGGUUUACAAUCAUACUUUUUUGUUUUAGUCUUACAGGAAAAUAGGAAAUACAAUUGUAAUAUUGUUUGAUUUGUAGUAAAUGACAAUAUACAGUUAUAUUUUUGUAAUUUAAGGGUGUUUUUUACAUGACAACUGUAAUUAAUUGUUGAAUAAAUAAUUUGAG